UCCACGACAUUUUGCUAGGCAUAAAUUGUAAAAUUGCGAUCUAUCUCCCGUUGAACCAAUUACGCUUGUAAUAUAAAAUGAUUGAAGCGCAAAAAUGAAAAUCCAUCUGGUAUUUGACAUGCCACUCGUGUGCCGCCACAAACCGUACUGCAUGGCUUGAAUUAAUUAUUACAGUGUCUGAAACCUUAGUAAUGAAGUUGUGUUCCAAUGCUUCCAAUAAAAUUCUAAUUCCAUUACCAUUGGUUGUAAUCUCAAAUCGUUAAUCGAAUAUUAAAUGUAUUUGUAAUUCAAAUUUUUUAAAUAAAAGUGUGGCCUAAAGAAAACAUAAAACAUAAUUCGUUAUUUUAUAUUAUUGAAUAUAGUUUUACAAAAACAGUUAUAUGCCGAUGACAUAUUUGGUUACACUAUAUUCUAGCUUUUAUACAUACAUUUUUAUGGACUUCAGCAUGAUACGUGUAAAAUAAGAUACGUGAUUUAUCAUGGAUGAGUAACGUAUUUUGUGAACAUAAUAUGUAAACAAUAUGAAACACAAAUUUUUGAACAUUUAAACAUUUUGAAAUGUACACUCUUCUGCAUGGGUUGUACAAGUAUCUUGUGCAAAAAGAUGAAUAUUUUAUAUUAAUAUUAGGACUCGACAAUGCUGGAAAAACGACAUACUUGGAAGCGGCAAAAACGAAAUUUACGAAAAAUUAUAAGGGUAUGAACCCUAGUAAAAUCACAACAACUGUAGGUUUAAACAUUGGGAAAAUUGAUAUUGCUGGUGUUCGCUUUAAUUUCUGGGAUCUUGGUGGACAAGAAGAACUUCGAUCAUUGUGGGAUAAAUAUUAUGCAGAAUCGCAUGCAGUGAUUUAUAUAGUAGAUUCAUCGGAUCGUGAAAAAAUACCGGAAUCUAAAGAAACAUUUGAUAGAAUUAUAUCAUCUGAACACCUAAUAGGUGUACCCCUCUUAGUUCUAGCAAAUAAGCAAGAUGUGCCUGAUUGUAUGGGUGUUAGGGAAGUAAAACCAAUUUUUAAUCAAAACGCACAUUUAAUUGGUCGAAGAGAUUGUAUGGUCAUGCCUGUAUCUGCUUUAAAUGGGGAUGGUGUAGAUGAAGGCAUUCACUGGCUUGUAGACUGUGUCAAGAGAAACAACGAUGUUCGCCCACCACGUAACCAGAACGACAGUUGCCUGUCUUAAUAUCACAUUCCUAUUUUAUUUUAAAAUAUAGAUUAAUUUGUAAACAGUAUUUUAACAUAUAAAUUCUGUACAUUUACAUUAAAAAUAACUACAUUUUUACCAAUAAAUCUUGUUUUCUAAAC